UCCACAGCCACAGUUUGAAUUCUAUCAAUGGCGCUGGAGUCAUGGCCGCUCGGUGUCCUAUUUGGCCUUCUGCGGGACUACCCUGAAAUCAUCGUGGCACUGGCCUACUCCUUCUGCUUGUUCUACGUCAACCGCCGCCGUCCCUCUGCCUUGCCCAUAAACUGGCCGUUCAUCGGCAUGCUUCCGGCGAUGGUCAUCAACUUCUCCCGUAUUCACGAUUACCUCUCAUACCUUUUCAGCCGCAUCAGCUGCACCGAGAUAUUCCGUGGCCCCUGGUUCCUCGGCGCCGACCUGUUGCUGACCUGCGACCCCGAGAACGUCCACCACAUCCUCAACGCCAACUUCGAUAACUACCCCAAGGGCGACCAGUUCCGCGAGGUCUUCGACAUCCUGGGCCACGCCCUAUUAAGCGUAGACGGCGACUCCUGGAGGUUCCAGCGCAAGAUCGCCAACGCCAUCAUCGGCGACCGUGGUUUCCGUACCUUCGUCGUCGGCGCCACCAGGGAGAAGGCAGAGAAGGUGUUAGUCCCACUUCUCCUCUACAAGUGCGAGCGCGAUGAGGUAGUAGAGCUCCAGGAAAUGUUCACUAGGUUUUCCUUCGACGUCACUUGCAACAUGGUCUUCGGGGACGACCCCGGCAGCCUCUCGCUACAAUUUCCGGCCAUCCCCUUCUCCUCGGCUAUUGACGAUGCGUGGGAGGCGCUGUUCUUCCGUCACACCGUGCCGAAGAGCUGGUGGAAGGUGAUGAAGUGGCUCGACGUCGGCACCGAGAAGAAAAUGACCAAUGCCCGGAAGGUCAUCGAUCAGAACAUAAGACAAAUAAUAUUGCAAAAGAGGGAGGAAAUGAAAGCAAAGAUUCCAAAGGCCGAUCUUCUUGCGUCCUACAUGGAGGUGGUAGAGGAGAUCAAGGACAAAGUGGAAGACACCGAAAAGUUUUUGCGCGACAACGUGCUAUUCUUGAUGAUCGCAGGGAGAGACGCCUUCUCCAUCAGUCUCUCUUGGUUCUUUUUCCUGCUCCACAACAACCCGAAGGUGCAGACAAAGAUCCUGAAGGAGCUGAGAAGGUGUCGGUCGACCGAGAACACCUCGACUACCUUCAGCUCGGAUGAGCUGAGUAGGAUGGUGUACCUGCACGGGGCGGUGUGCGAGACUCUGCGCAUCUUCCCCCCGGUGCCGUUCGAAGAGAAGACGGCGCUGAAGGACGACGUGUUGCCGAGCGGCUCGAGGGUGGCGGCGGGGCAGAAGAUAGUGGUGAGCAUGUAUGCGAUGGGGCGGAUGGAGGCGGUGUGGGGGAAGGACUGCAUGGAGUUCAAGCCGGAGAGGUGGAUAACGGCGGAGGGGAGGGUGCGGCAUGUGCCGGCGCACAAGUUCAUGGCCUUCAACUGCGGGCCGAGGACUUGUAUAGGGAAGGACGUGGGGCUGAUGCAGAUCAAAACGGUGGUCGCCGCCGUGCUGUGGAACUUCGAGGUGCAAGUGGUGGACAGCGCCAGAGUGGAGCCCAAGAGCUCGGCUAUGCUUCGGAUGAAGAAUGGUAUUACGGCCAUCAUCAAGAAAAGAAUACAUCCAAUAUAUAAAAAUGCAUAAUUAUUAAAUGGAAUCACGGCCAUAAUAAAGUCAUUAUUAUAAA